UACACUAUACACCUUAUCCCUUGACUUCGCAUUGCAUAUGACCCAGCACAUCUCAACAUGUCCAUCUGCACCCGUAAACGGGACUUGGCUUAUCUCCUAUUCUUCGUCACCCAUGUCCCGAUCAUUCUCCUAAUCGACACAGUCCCCCUCCUACCAACCUUCCUCCAAACAAACCUCUCCCAUAACCUGCGCGAGUUCUACAUAACAACCUAUCGCGACAAAUUCUUCGAAGAUCCCCCAACAUGGUUCACCGUCUUCAUCUGGAUGGAGCUGCUGUACCACCUCCCACUCUCCAUAUGGGCUGCUCGGGGUUUGCUUAAAGACCACCCCCUCGUCCCUGUACACCUCCUCGUCUUUGGUAUCCAGGCCUUUAUCACCACUCUGACAUCACUGGUGGUUGUAUGGAGUUGGACUGACCGCUCGGUCGCCGAGAAGCAGCAGCUUACCAUGCUGUAUGCUCCCUAUAUGGCGUUAGGCGGAUACAUGGCUCUAGACAUGGUAUUCCGUCUACGCGACAAACUAAUGCCGAAAAGCAAGCGGGAAUAA